UUCCUUAGUUUGUGGUACUGUCUUAAAAGGCUGCUACGUAUUAUCUUUUAAACUUAUUUUUAUAAGUUACUCUGUCUACUUUUAUUUACUUGUAAUUUUUAUUUUUUAUAAGUGAAAAUGUAUAUAAUAUCCAACUUAGUAAAAAAUACUAUUCCCAAUUAUUUAUCUAGUUUACCCAUCCCUGAUACUUUUGGAGGCUGGUUCCAAUUGGGAGUGCGUGACUGGAUUGCUUUGCUGCCUCCUACAAUUGCAGUUGGUGGCAUUUCAUAUGUCUCAUAUCAGACUAUAAAGAAAUCGAGGGAAGCUGGUCAGAUCAACCCAAGUAUUAGAAAGGAUAUCAAUAAAGUGGUUGAUUUUAUUGACAUUGAAGAUAUCACAGAAAAAGCUGUACUUUGCAGAUGUUGGAGGAGUAAAAAUUGGCCUUACUGCGACGGAGCACACGGUCUCCUCAAUAAAAUCACCGGCGACAACACCGGCCCAGUCGUCGUGCGACACAAGGAGAAAGAGACCAAGUAAUCCCAUGCCAGUUUCACAGAACAACGACAAUAGUGAUAACAAUGUGAUCAUACUAAUUAGCGUAAAUUGUUGGAAUAUGGUAAAAAUAUGCAUUUUAAAUGUUGUUUAAAUGUAAUGUUACUUUGUAACUUGCAGCAAUUGUUUUUUAAGCUCAAGUGUUUGUAAAGUGUGAUUUAAUAUUAAUUGUAUUAUUUCGCGUUAUUUUUUUAAUGUUAUUAUGACCUUACAAUUUUGUAGUUAAAUCAGUGAUGAAAUAGUAUUUGAUUUUAUUACGUACUUAUGCAAUAAAUUUUUGGA